AUGCCGCCGCAGUACUGGGCCGGCCGUUUUAUGGCGCUGCACGACCGCUUCCACAACGAGCUACUGGAACCAUUCCGUCUCGCCCGAAUCAACAAAGCCCAAAUCGCGAAGCCGUCCCUGCCGCCUCUGACCAGCAAAGCCUCCGCGGCAGCGCAGAACAACCCUUCAACGUCAAUAUAUUCCGUCACUCGCGUUUCUCCGAGCAAGCACAUACCAGGCAGCGACAGAUCAACCACGGAUCAAGACGCUCACUCACGCCAGCCAAGCCGCAUCCCGCAGUCCGCUACGAGCGGCGCCAUCCUGCAGAGGUCUUCCUACAGCAGCAGCGGCAAUAGCAACCAGCCAGACCCCGAAUCACCCUUCUCAACGCAAUCUACUUUAAUCAACGAGCAGCUCGUCACCACAGUUGCCCACAAACAUCCUUUAACGAUUACAAGCAAACUCCCUCCAUCACACCCCUCGCGCCCGCUCCUAACAAGCACCAUAACCUCGAUGACCUUUACGGCCAGUGCCACGACAGACCCCAGAAGAAGCCGCCUCCGGAAUCUGGGGUUAUGCACCGCAACGACAAGUCUGCGCCACAUCGAAGCGACCGAAGCCGAAGCCGAGGGCGGCGACGAGGCACGAGUCCGCCGGGCGCUGGCACACCUUGAGCGAGCAUGUCUGACGGACGCGGCGAGGCUGUCCUUGCGGCAGUGGCGGAUGGCAGUCAGGAUCAACAUGCCGGACAAUAUCAUCAACAACAACAACAAACGGGACAAUAUGAACACGAGCAUUCGCAUCACGGGCAUGGACAUGGACACGAGUUUGGGAGAAGGGGACGCGAGAUGGUCAGACGGCUGA